CCGGAUGUUUCCGGUGGUAACGCCGGAAGGGACCUGACCCCCCCGCAGCUCCGGCCAUUGAGCGCUGGGUGAAGAUGGGGAAGAAGAAGGAGGCGGAGACGGUGGCGGCGGAGAUGGGCCUGGAAGGUGAAGCUGGUGGCCACGGCUCUCACAAGAAAAAACACAAGAAACACAAGAAACACAAAAAGAAGCACCAUCAAGCUGACGUGGGCCUGGGCUUCUCCUCUGAGACUCUUGAAUCCGACUCUGGCACUGGGAAACCCCAGCUGAAGCUGAAGAUAAAACUGGGUGGGCAGACCAUGGGUACGAAGAGUGUGCCACACUUCUCUUUGGCUUCUGAGAUGAAGCAGUCUCCAUCCCCUCUGAUGGUUGAUGAUGAUGAACCAGAUGAAGUGCCAUUGGACCAGUAUCGGGCCUGGCUGGAUGAGGAGAGCAACUUGGAUCCAUCUCCUCUACCGGAUCUGGAUUCAGAACCUCUGCGGGAGCCGGAGCAAGAUGAGGAGCAGCGAUGGCUGGAUGCUUUAGAAAAAGGAGAGUUGGAUGAUAAUGGGGAACUAAAGAAGGAGAUCGAUGAAUCUUUGCUGACAGCCAGACAGCGUGCCUUGCUGCACAAGCAGCAGAGCCAACCGCUCCUGGAACUGCCCAUGGGUUACAAAGUGAAAGAGAUGACUGAGGAAAUGAUGGUGAAACGGGCUGAACGCGCUCGGAAGAGGCGUCUGCAAGCCGCCAAGAAAGCCGAAGACAGCAAAAACCAAACGAUUGAGCGGCUCACGAAAACCAACAAGGCCAAAGUGAAAACGCUGAGGGAAAGAAAGACCAAGAGAAUGCAUUGUCCAAUUAUUAGAUAUUCCAAUAAUGCCAUCGGGAUUACUGUGUCAUUUCCACAUGGAUAUCCUGCCCCACUUCCAGCACCCUCAAUGCCUGUACCCAUACCAACAACCUGUGUAGUCGAGGGUUGCUCAAACUUCAAGAAAUACUCUUGUUCUAAAACAGGAUUACCUCUCUGCAGCCUUGAGUGCUACAAAAAGAAUUUGGUGAUCCAAGGUUUGGUCUGAUGAGAGCUGAGCCUCUACUGUUGGUUCUGCAAUACAAGGUAGAUAAAUCCCAGGGAGCUGCUAACUGGGUUGGUUCACCAACCAGAAACUAUCUCAUUUUAGCGGUGGAAUGCUAAUGGAGGUUUGAAAGGUGGUUGCACAGUCAAAAUCUGUGCUUGGUUUGCCUCCCCCUGCAACUACACCUACGAUCGUUAUAGUUUUUGUCGGCAGGCGUUUAUCACAGUGGAGGGAUUGAUUAGCAGUGUUAAUAGGCAUUUUCCACUUUGGGAAACACUAAAAAUUCUGACUUGGAAUGAUAUGGUUGCAUCCAGUCGUUUUGUUUUAUCUUAGCCAUUUUUUAAAAUAUCUGGCACUGUUAGCUGUUGUUCCUCUGAUGGCUUUGGAGUAAAUGACCAACUAAAGCUGUGGGGCAAAACCCCAGUGAAUUGAGGCUGACUAAACACAACAGACUUCCAUCCUAGCACUCUGCACUACUUUCAACUGUGGUUCGUUGGAGACCAUUGCCCAAUAGGGUACACCACCUAGUUUGCAUUAUCACAAUGGUCUUUUUCCUAUGCUCAAAUUCAAUUUCUAACUCCUCGAUGGAACUGCUGUGUCCCAUGAACAUUAGCUAGUAUACACACUAGAAAACGGACUUUCAAUGAUCAGUAGUGAGAGUAUCGUGCCCUGUUGAACUGAGCACACAUUGAGGUUUGAAUAGUUCCAGUGUUCUACCCUUUACUAUUCUGCAAGGUGGACAUAUUCAGCAGAGAUGUAACUGGAUGUUACAGGUUUGUGAUGCAUCCUCUAGAAAUGACUGAAUUAUACAAUGGCUGCAAAUUGUUCACUUGCACAUGUAUGAUUUGGGAGGUGAUGGGGGAGUGUUUUGGAUUUGGAACAGCUUUUGUUGAUGCUUUUUUUCAUAAGCUGAACUAAACUUUUAAUUAAAUUUAUUGAGCUUGAA